AGGAAUCUGCAUGGUUGGCACAUGCUUUAGGAAGCCCGCACUGUGUUACCUGCCCCUGUGGAUGGGGGCUGGCGGCUCCAUAGCUGGAAGCCGACUGCAGCAGGUCUCAGCAGGAUCAGCUUUAUCUGCAGUACGUUCCAGACAGGCAAAGGUCUCAGGUGACAAGCCAUCACCAUUGCCACAUCUUCUCUCGAACAGCUCCCUGACCGCUUCGAAGGAUCAUGCGCUCUGCGGCAGAGACCGUGACGGCGCUGGCCGGAAUGUCCAAGACAUGGCGCUGAAGCUCGGCGUUCUUCCGCAAGAGCAUUGGCCGAACAGCGACGUCAGUCCUGACAACACGGCAGAACGACCCGAUUGCUAUGAUGUGGCAGAUUCGAAGGUUGACAGCUCUGUACCACAAGACGUACAUGGAGCGAGACCUCUUCAGGAUGCAUCCGUUCGAGCAUCCUGCGGGGUUGUACGGCCGCCUACCAGAGCUAUGCCGACCAAGCCGCAGCUCAGAUACAGGCGACGGCAGAUUUGCCCGCGCUUGAAGAACCGAGCAAUCCAUGAAGACUUGGGCGAGAUGGUUGCUCCGAACGAAGGACUCGCUGAGCCAGCCAUGUGGGUCGAUGGCGACCACAUUCCAGUGCUAGGCAAAUGGGAAAAAGAGAUGCCCGAGCUGAUGGACGACACCUCGCCGGGCUCAGAUGGCGAGACUCGAGUCAUCUUCAAGGUGCCGGAAGACUGGCGGAAAGCUGAGAAGGAAGCCCAGGAACUGCGAGAGUUGUUGGAGGCUGAGCUUCUAGAGCAGCAGGAGGUGGAGGAAAAGCUGGCAAGAGAGCGCGAGGCGGACACCCUUUCGACUGGGAUAGCAAGUCAAGCUCAAGGCAGCGCGCCGUGAUGCAGCCUGUCCCAGUGGCCGCCCUUUGGCCUCCCUUUGUCUGGAUACUUCGCGUCUCUUUCCGAUGUUUAAUUCGUGUGGCUGGUAGCGCCUUCAGUUUGCGAUGCAUCCUGAAGUGUGGUUUGCAUGCGUGUCCCUCUUCUGGUCCGAGAGCCGUUGAACAGACACGCUUAGCUUUGAGCAUCCAGUUGGGUGCUUCUCUCGCACCUGGACUCUCCAAAACUGGAUCCUGGUGUGCCAGAGCGGAUUGCUGCUGGCACGCAGACGCCUGCACCAUGGUUGUAUAGUGUGGCUGAGCAGUGACUGGUGCCAGAUCCAUCCAAAAAGUAGGCUCAUCCCCGGGAGGUCAGUAGACCAGCUCGGAAGUCAUGUUGUCGACUUGGGCCUGUCCAGAGGACCCCAACACUCAAAUGAGCUCCAGAGUGCGCCAUCCACC